CUCGUCGUGGUAGUGUUUCCUCUUCUACGGCCUCCUUCUCAUAGCUUCUAUCGGCUAGCGAGGGAAACUGGUUAGUGUCUCCUCUUGGCUUGUUGUCGCAGUUUAAGAGAUGGGUGUUCGCGGACUUACGUCUUAUCUAGAAGAGUCAGCUCCAUUCCUUGGGAGACUGAUCGAGCUGCGAGACACAAAGCUUAUCAUAGACGGAGAUAACUUGUGUAACUACCUUUACAAAGAAAACGGCUUCGAUUGCCGAUGCGGAGGGCAGUAUGAGGAGUUUUAUAAGAAAGUACUACUGUUUUUCGACGCCCUAAAAUCUAAGGGUGUCGAAUCGUUCGUAGUUUUUGAUGGCGCAUAUGAUAGAAGUGAUAAGAAAUUAGAAAUACAGAUAAAAAGAACACAAGACAGGAUCGACACGGCUGACCGGUUGUUCAAGAAUGAAACAUCGGCUAAUGGCGAUGAAUAUUUUCUACUUCCGCUUUUGGCGAAGUUUGUUUUCGUAGAAGUCCUGAGGGAUCACUUGAUAAAAUUUGCUGUAUCUGACUGUGAAGCGGAUCCUGACAUCGCAUCUUUAGCCAAGGAUUGGGCAUGUCCUGUUUUGAGCAAUGACAGCGAUUUCUUCAUCUUUGAUGUCAAGGGCGGCUUCAUCCCACUUUCCUCUUUUGAUGUUGAUCAGUUAACAACGCGUAUUUUCUACCGCAGUGACUUGGCAAGAUAUUUUGGAAUACGCGAGGAAUUUCUUCCUUUACUUGCUUCCUUACUUGGCAAUGAUUACGUGAGUUGGGAAGCGUUAAAACCCUUCAACCACACAAUUUGGACUCUUUUCAGUGAUGGUCGCAGAGGAAAGGCGGUGAGGUUUUCAGGUGUCGCAAGUUUGCUCUCCCAGCUCUCUAAUUCAAUCACAGAAACACAAGCAUUUGAGUUCGCUUUGGGAUUGAUAGAGCCGGGUGAAAGUAGGGAGCGGCUUGAGAAAGCUGUCGAGUAUUCUCUUCAAGAAUACGCAAUUACGAAGUCCAAUUUAUUGGAUUACCUCCGAGAUGGAGUAGUCUGUAGUCUUCUGAGAACCCAAAAUAAAAUCGGGCUUGACGAAGAGGUAUUGCGCAGGUUUCGCGAAGGAAAGUUCUCUACUGAUUGUAUGAGCAGCUUAACGGCAGGAAAAGUAUUUCUCAGAGUUCAGGUCGAGAACCUUGAGAGCAGAUCAUCAAAUCAGUGUUCAAUGUCACUGAGACAGCUGAUGUAUGGCAUUUUGAGCGAUGGAGGAAGAAACAUGAAGAGGAUCGAAGAAUGGGACCGAGAGGGUUUUGCAGUCAAGCACACAGACAUUAAGCCUUACAAUGACAAGGUCCCUUCAUUCAGUUCGAUACCAAAUAUUGAUCUUUACGACAGAUUAACGAUGUUUUUGGAUGCGCUAGAUUCAGACUCAGCUUAUAUAAAGUCAUUACCAAAAGAAUUUGCGUUAGUCGCAUCAUCGCUCCGUUUUCUUCAUCGUAACUCGCAACCGCCACUGGAGAAUAGUCAUCUGUGCGCUUUACUUUGUAGUUGUGUCAAACUAGAGGAUGGUUCGUGGAAACAAUACCUAGAACAUCCCACAAGAGCUUUAUCCCAACCCUUUGAUGAGAGAGCAGCGCAAAGCUUUUGUCAGUGGCAGUGUGUUUUGAGAGAUGCCACUCACCUCAACUUUGUUUUGCUUGAGCCAGUGCAGACACCGUGUAUCCGCAAAACUUUCAAUGGAAAACUGGUGCAUUGCCUCCAGAGGGAAUUGAAAACAGGCUGUAAGCCAGAAUCCUUGAUGUCAACUCCAAGCUCUCUUGUUCGGUAUCAAGAGCUUUACACUGCAAUUACUGCCGGCCAGGAGGAAAUAGGUAGUAUACUAGUAUACAAAACUUUUCAAUAUAGUUUUCUGAAAGGAUCGUUAGUAUAUUCUCGUUCUCACGGUGCUUUUGAAAAAAAAUAUGAUUCAAUUUUUUUCAUGCGCACUCGUAAUCCUGAAACAAUCGGAUCGGCUACAAUUUUUGUUCCGGAUUCCGAACGUUCGGUUUGAAGAUACUGUCAAAU